AUGACUAUUGACAAUGCAUGUAAUAUGGAUUCUAUGGUUGGGAAACUCCAAAUUGAAUUGGAUGCAAUGGCUAAAUUACCUCUUGACGGCAAAUAUUUUCAUGUUAGAUGCUUUGCCCAUAUCUUAAACUUAAUUGUCAAAGAAGGUUUGAAAGUCAUUGAUGAAUCUGUUGCGAAAGUUCGGGAGAAUGUGAAGUAUGUUGAUUCUUCUGAAGCUAGACUUAUAAGGUUUGAGCGGUGUGUUUCUAGUUGUAAUUUAGCUACAGGUGUAAAGCUAUGGAUGGAUGUUCCUACUAGAUGGAAUUCUACUUUCUUAAUGCUUCGUCGAGCUCUUGAUCUUUUACCGGCGCUGAAAAUGUUCGGUAGGAUAGAGAGCAAUUAUCAAUUGGCACUUACUGCUCAUGAAUGGGAAAUAGUAGAAAAAAUAGGAAGAUCCAAAUUCAAAGAAAUGGCAGAUCUUAUGCGUUGCAAGUUUGAUAAAUAUUGGUCUGAUUACUUUGUGCUAUUAUCUUUUGCUGCAAUUCUUGAUCCUCGAAUUAAGUUUAAAUUUUUGAGAAAUCUUUUCAAGGAUUUGUAUGAAGCUCACAUGGUUGAAACAAAAGUCCAGGAGGUGUAUUAUGAAUUUGUUCAACUGUUUAACCAUUACAAGGAUCCUCUUCCUACUUAUUCUUCCCAAGGUAGUUCAAAUUCAGAUGCAUAUCGUCCACGCAAGACUAGUAGAGUUUAUGUUAAUUUUGUUGUUGAUGUUGCUAGUGAUGACAUGGGUAAAUCUGAAUUAGAAUUAUACUUAGAAUUGCCUUUUAAACCUUGUAAUGUUGAUGAGGAAUUUGAUAUUUUGGGCUAUUGA